AUGGAUUGGCGAAAAUCUUUUUUUUCUAUUAUAAUUAUCUUUCUGCUUUUAUUAUAUUUUGCUCAUGUCAUCUGUUCAUAUCCAAAUGAAAGGGUAUUUAAUCUGGCAGAAUUUUUACGAUUACGUUGUUCACUAAAUCCAAAUGAACAAGUUAUAACAACAUGGGAAGGUAGUGCAUAUUUACAUUUAUAUCAAAUGCCAGUGAAUCAUGUAUUUGAUAUUAUUGGAAUGAACAUUGCACGAUGUUUAAAUGAUUCAAAAAAUCAGGAAAUCAUUUUAACAACACGAGAAACUCAAUUAUAUGUUGAUGUAAUAAUUAAUGUAUCUGUUAUGCAUGUGGCUAAUGAUCCUGUUCAAAGUACACUAUCGACUAGUGAAUUUUCAAUAAAUGGGUACUUAUCAAGUGAAAAUCAAAUCAUAUUACCAACGGAUAUUAAUCUAUUCUAUCCAAAUCCAUUAUUUCAGAAUGAAACAUUAAGAUAUUAUUCAAAAGAAAAAUUUUAUCAAGCAGGAGAAUAUUUUAAAUUUUUUACGACAUUAAAUCAAAUAACUGAUGAGAAUCUAACACAAGUUAAUCAAAUGGAUUUAUCAUGGACAAGAGUUUCUCCUAUUUUGCCAUGGAUGAAUAUGUCAACACAAUACAAUGGAACAUUGGUGUUUUCAGCUCAAGGAACAAAAGUUUCUUCCUUAACUCAAAUCGAUCAAAUUUUACUUGACGAAAUCAUUAAUCGAAUUCCAAUUUAUCAAAAUGCACCAACUUGCCAAUUAAAUGCAUCGAGUGAAACUUCUUGGACUUAUUUUAAAAAAUAUUUUUCUCAAUACUUAUCGAACACACAAGAAUUUCCGAUACCGAAAUCAAAAGAAGAUAUUCCAUGUGUUCAUGAUUAA